CCCAAGGAAUCGAAUCAUAUCGCAUCGGCGCGUAAAAAGAAACGUGUUCUGAUAGAGUCUGAUGACGAGGAAGAUGGUGAUUUAGGGAUUGAAGCGGAGGAAACUUCUAAAGACACGAGCGAAGCGCCGGAACCGACUUUCAUGGAAGAGGAACAUGAUGUGCCAAAACAAGCAACUCUUCAUCGAACUGUUGUGCUCUCCGAUAGCGAAGAGAGUCUUCAGUCUGAUCCAGAAAUGGACCAGAAGGAAGGAAAUGUAUGCGAUGGGAAGGGAGGAAGUGGUGAUGAGAAGGUGGGCGACGUGGAGGAGGAAGAA